UUCUCGACCACCAACAAUAGCCGCGGCAAAAGGUGCUCGCGAAAGCUUCAGCGGUACACUCGCCACGCCUCGCUUCGGCGACUCCGCCGACGGACCAUAAAGAGAGAGAAGGCGGGGUUGGGGGAAGAAGGUGUUAGUAGCCGGCCGGAUACCCUCGUUCUAUCCGUCCACCGCAUCGACCACUUCGAUCUUCUGGUUUCGACUCCAAUCUACCCACGCCAGCGCCUGCAUUCCGCGCCGGAAAGCCCUUACAUCUUGGUCUCCAUGGCUAGGGCUUCGAAUUUUUCGGUUUCGUGCGGGUCGGAUCGGGGGUGGGCGUUCAUGGCGGGUGGGAAGGGAUUUGAUAUUCGAGUUGGGGCGUCUCUUGAUCCGAGGACGAGGUGUGGGAUUCAGUUCCCUCUUCAGGACUGCACUUGCCAUGCUUGGCCAUUUUCUUUAAAUAACUCCAGGAAAAGUUAUUCUUCAUCUAAUCGAAGAUUACGUGUUCAUAUGACAUUGGUAGAUGAAAGGGCCAUUCGACCACUAGAAUCUGUGAAACCUAAUCAUACCCUGGCGUAUGAUCUUGUCCAAGGAAACCUUGUGAACUGGAAUUAUUUCAUGGAUAAGUCAAUACCUGAUCCACCAACUGCUGUUCUCUUGCAUGGAAUUCUUGGUUCUAGGAAGAAUUGGGGUUCUUUCGCAAAGAGACUGGCGCAAGAGUUCCCAAUGUGGCAGUUUCUUUUGGUUGAUUUGCGCUGUCAUGGUGAAUCGGCAUCAAUAAAGAAGAAUGGACCUCAUACAGUUGCUGCAGCUGCUCUUGAUGUUCUAAAGCUUGUUGCACAACUCAGAUUGAUACCACGUGUCUUAGUUGGUCACAGCUUUGGUGGCAAAGUGGCCCUAAGUAUGGUAGAACAAGCUGCAAAGCCUCUUGCUAGACCUGUCAGAGUUUGGGUUCUUGAUGCUACUCCUGGGAAGGUUCGCCCUGGAGGAGAUGGUGAAGAUCAUCCUGGUGAAUUGAUUGAUUUUUUGAGUAAAAUGCCUAAGGAGGUUGCUUCAAAGCAGAAAGUUGUAGAUACAUUGAUUCAGGAAGGAUUUUCAUCAGAGGUUGCGCGGUGGGUGGCGACAAAUCUGCAGCCAGCUAAUCAGCCUGGUUCCAUCUCAUCAUCAGGCUUCUCAUGGAUAUUUGACCUCAAUGGCAUCUCAGAGAUGUACAAGUCCUAUGAAGAAACAAAUUUAUGGAAAACUGUUGAGAAUGUUCCGCGAGGAGUUCAUAUGAAUUUCUUGAAGGCUGAGAGAAGCUUACAUAGAUGGGCUCUCGAAGACCUUCGGAGGAUCCAUGUUGCCGAGGAGUUGGCUUCCGAGGAGGGAGCGGGUGUUGAGCUACAUGUUCUUGAAGAUGCUGGCCACUGGGUGCAUGCCGACAACCCGGAUGGUCUGUUUCGGAUUCUCUCGUCCUCCUUCCUUGGAUUGCGGAAUCUGUAGCAGAAGUACAUUUGUGAAUCAUAAUCCAAUUAUGGCUUUGGGUAUUUUGAGAAGCAAGUGGAGGGUUGAAUAUCUAAGGCAGUGUAUAUUUAACUACUGUUGUAAGUUAUAUACAUUGAUGUAUUAUUUUGUUCUUUAACUUAUCAUUCCAUUUCUUUUCCCCCUUUAUUUUAUA